GGGGGGGCUGCUGUUCUUGCUGCAAUGCAUCAUGGUUCUUGAUUGUUUCAUAAGGCACUACAGUUCCCAGGGUGCCAUGCGCCACUGCCUUGAUUUCCCGUUCCCGGAACCAGGCGCAUGCGUAGUUUAGGAAAGUAAGCGGACCGCGGAGUGUAGAGAACAAUAAUAAAAGGAAGCUCGGAAGACAGACAGAAACAUGUCGAAAGGCUCCGUUGCUGCGAGCUCUUCGUCCGGAGCUGUCGCUGCCACACCUGCCCCCAUCGCCACAGGCUCAUUGUCUCCUGCCAGCUCGCUGCACGCACAGCCAGAGAAACCGCAGCACUACACGUACCUGAAGGAGUUCCGCACUGAGCAGUGUCCCCUCUUUGUGCAGCACAAGUGUUCCCAGCAUCGACCCUUCACUUGCUUCUACUGGCACUUUGUAAACCAGCGGCGUCGCAGGCCUAUCCGCCGCCGGGACAGCACCUUCAACUACAGCCCCGACAUCUACUGCACUCAGUACGAGGAGGGCUCAGGCACCUGCCCUGAUGGGGACGACUGCCCAUUCCUCCACCGCACUGCAGGCGACACCGAGAGGCGCUACCACCUUCGCUACUAUAAGACGGGCACCUGCAUCCACGAGACAGACGGUAAGGGCAACUGCAGCAAGAAUGGGCCACACUGCACCUUUGCACACGGACCACAGGACCUGCGCACACCUGUCUACGACAUCAGGGAACUCCAGGCGAUGGAGGCAAUGCAGAACGGGCAGGCCGCUGCUGAGGGCAGUGCUGAGGGGCAGCCAGCCAUUGCAGCCAGCUGUGCCCUGAUUGAGAAGAUCCUGUGUGAAGAGCCCCGGUGGCAAGAGGCCAGCUAUGUGCUGUCCAGUUACAAGACGGAGCAGUGCAAGAAACCCCCGCGACUGUGUCGUCAGGGUUACGCCUGUCCCUACUACCACAACAGCAAGGACCGUCGCAGGGGCCCCCGCAAGCACAAAUACAGGUCGCUGCCCUGCCCCGGGGUGAAGCAUGCUGACGAGUGGGGUGACCCCAGCAAGUGUGAGAGCGGAGACGGCUGCCAGUACUGCCACACACGCACAGAGCAGCAGUUCCACCCAGAGAUUUACAAAUCCACAAAAUGUAAUGACAUGCAGCAGGCUGGCAGCUGCCCACGCGGACCCUUCUGUGCCUUCGCUCACAUGGACCAGCCCUUAUGCAGUGAUGAAGCCCAGUCCUCCUGCUCGGCCUCCAGCCCAACGCCUGCAGGCCUGCCCCUCUUAACUCCUGCAGACUCGCUGCCUGUCAGCCCCACCAGCCCACACACCUCUGAGCUGCAUAGUAUUCUGUCCAGCAGCUGCAGCUCUCUCAACCCUUCCAGUAUGUGUGUCUCACCACAGGGGAUGCUGGGAAGGAUGCUGUGCCAGGAGUCCUCCAGCCUGGAGGCCCCGUUCUUCACAACUGCAGGAGGUGGCUAUGGGAAAGCACCAGGCUUUGAACGUGAAGACCAGGCAAAACAGAAAGCACAUACCCUGGAGCAUAGGAGUGGAGACUCAGCCCCCUUCCACUGUAGUACUGGACCCACACCGGUUCGACACCAUGCACUGGAUGGGCUGGGUCUGCUCCCUGUGGGGAGCCCCCCAACGUCCAGCAUCUCCUCCAGCAUGACAUCCAGCCUGGCCACAACCCCCCCCAGCCCUGCAGCCAGCAGCACCACCCGUGGCAUGAACGCCAACGCACUGCCCUUCUACCCCACCAGCGACACCGUCGAGUCCGUCGUGGAGUCUGCCCUGGAUGAUCUGGACCUCAAUGAUUUUGGCAUGGCAGCGCUAGAGAAGAGUUUCGACAGCACAACUGCAGCCCACAGCAGCAGCAGCAUCAUGAUCGGGGGGAGUUUGCUUCAGAGCUCGGCUCCCGUUAACAUCCCUGGCUCUCUGGGAAGCUCCGCCUCCUUUCACUCUGCCUCACUGUCUCCACCAAUCAAUUGUUCUCAUUUCAUGCCCUCCAGCCUCCAGCAUCACCAGCGCCACCUGAGCCAAUCAGACAGCACCUUUCCACAGGGCUCACUAGGUCUGAACGGGAUGAACAGCAGUAUCUGGGAGCACUUCCCACCUGGGAACUUCUCCCCUAACUCCUCCCCCGCCUUCCUGACAGGCGCCAGCUCCGGGGAGCUGACACGACUGCGGCAUGAGCUGGACGAGGCCAGCGGAGCACUGAAACACUGGGAGGAGUCCUGGGGGCAGGCCAGACAGGCAUGUGACAUGUGGAAGAGGGAUGUGGAAGAGGCAAAUGAGGACGCAGCCAGCGCAGGCCGGGAGGGUGCUAUGGCGCUCAAGCGGAGGGAGGUGCUGGAGCAGCGAGCUCAACAGCUUCACGAGGCGCUUCAGCGGCUGCAGGCCGGAAAGGAGCCGCAGAUCCUUCACUGCUACGAGCAGCUCCAGCUGCUGCCCCUGCCCACACUGUAUAACCUGCAGACACAACUGCGCUCCGGCCUGGAGAGAGUCGAGCAGGCUGUCUUCCAGCUGCAGAAGGUGAAGUGUCUGCGCUGUCAGGAGGGGAGCCGUGUGAUGUUGCCGUGCCAACACACUGUGCUGUGUGAGGCCUGUUCCUGCAUAGAGGAGUGUCCUGUUUGCCGGCCUCCCGGGACACUGAGCCUGCAGUCCUGACCACACUGGCUUUCUUGCAGUAGAUUGAGGGGGGAGACUACUCGUAUCUAAUAGACUGUUAAAGCUGGAAGAACCCUUCUGCGUACAAACUCGAGCUGUUUAGAGCAGGGCUGUCAAACUGGAGGGCCGCAGUGUCUUCUGGCUUUCGUUCCACCCGAGCUCUCCGUUACUUAAUUGGUCUAAUUAUUUGA